AUGUCUAAUACUAAAGUCCACAACGUUAACAUCAAGCCUUGCUUGGAUAUCAAUCCUGUCAACAAUGAAAAUAUCAGCAAGAAAGUUAAAAGUGCCGUCUCCUACGUCCUUCAAGAUUACGAUUGGAGUUCGGUGCCUAUGUCGAUCAAGUUACAUACUAGCCAACGUAGUCGACAACACAUUAAACGCCCCAUGAAUGCUUUUAUGGUAUGGGCACAAGCCGCUCGUCAAAAAAUCUCCGAACAAUAUCCCAACUUACACAACGCUGAAUUAAGUAAAACGUUGGGCAAAUUGUGGAAAUUGUUAGGCGAUGAACAGAAGCAACCCUUUAUCGAAGAAGCGGAACGUUUAAGGAUCAAGCAUAAAAUGGAUCACCCCGACUACAAAUACCAACCACGUCGUAAAAAUAAACAAAAAAGAGCUGGUUCUGUUUCCAGUGGUGAUGAUGAACCACAAGAAAUACCAGCCAGUGAAAUUUUUAAAGCU